UAAAUAAAUACAAAAUAUAUUAUCUAUUCUUUUUUUGUUAUGCUACCCGGUACACAUGUUCCGAUGUUCGUCCAAGUCUCAAGGUGCCCACUGUGCACUGUGCAGUGUACAUUGUUGCUGUGUGCCUGUACUGCAGUAGUGCAGUAUACGCUGCUGUCUAUUCACUAAACGGGUUACAGGUGCAAUCUUCGGUGGAUUACUUACUGGUGCCUGUGAUAAGUUUGUCUUAGUGAGAAUAACUGUAUGGUCAUUCAAUUUUGAAUUAAUUGUGUUAAUUAUAUGAGCACAUCUUCAUAUAAUAUUAUACUGUAGGUGUUCAAAUUUCAACCUGAAUACAAUUUACAUUUACGAUUUAACGAUGGAUGAUACAAAAUUUCUCAGCCUACCAGAAAUGCAGAAUUCUAAUGAAGAAAUGUUUAAUUUUAAUACAUGUAAUGAGAGCUUAACACCACUGUUACAAAAUCAGUCUGAUGGAGUCUUUUUGAAUCCAAAUGAUUUCAAUGAAUACUAUUUUUCAAUGCCGAUGGAGAAUGGAAGGAUUGUGGAUUUGAAUCUUCCGCCAACGCCUGAUGACGACCAAGAAAAUCAUGAAACAUGUACAGCUGGUUCUGUAAAAUCAUCACCAACUGGUAUUAUACCCUGCCAGGAUGAAUUUGGUGGUAGCACUAAUUUUGAAGUGUUGUUGGAUUCCAGUUCCCAGUCAUACCGUCAAAAAUGGAAUUAUUCAGUUACACUGCAAAAACUUUUUAUCGACAUAAAUAAAGUGCUUUUGUUAAAUUUUAAAUGUGAUUAUGACAAGAUUGCCAAUAAUAUGUUAUUAUUUGUACGUGCUAUGCCUAUGUAUAGUUCAGCAGAUUGGUUAAAAGAACCUGUUGAUCGUUGUUUACAACAUUUAUCACCUAUAGAUCAGUUUAACAAAGGUUUUACACAUUUAGAACAUGUAAUACGUUGUGAUAAUGAAAGUACAACCUAUCAUACAGAUCAAGUUAGUAAGCGUAAAAGUGUAGUUACACUUUUAUCUAGACCUGAACAUGGGUCAGAUAGUACCAGAUUAUCCUAUAGAUUUGUAUGCAAGACUUCUUGUAUUAGUGGAAUGCAACGUCGUCCUAUAAUUGUAAUAUUCACAUUAGAAGAUUACACUGGCCAAGUGCUUGGUCGUCGUGUACUUCCAGUAAAAAUUUGUUCUUGUCCUAAAAGAGAUAUGGAUCGCGAAGAAAAGGAUACCCAUUUACAAAAAAACACAGUUUUUCGUCGAAACAAGAAGUGUAUCUCACAAGAAAUACACCAUAACAAUAAUCGCCAUCAUCAUAGUAAUACUGAACCACCACCAGCUAAGAUAAUUAAAUUAGAGUCUUCAACCUCAACAGACAAUAUAACUAAUAACGCAUACAUAUUGCCAUUAAAUUAUACAACCACAACAAAGGAACAUUAUAAAAUAGUAUUGGAAAGUAUAUACUCAGUAAUUACUGGUGUGUCAUCUCUUCACAAUAUCACAGAUACACAACCAUUACUCAAAGACUUAAAAUCUAGGUUGGAUAACCUAAACUGAUUCUGGAGAAUUAUAUUGUAAGCCUUAAACAUUUUUUUAAGGCUUAAUUUUUAUAUAUUUUUAUAAGGACUACAUAAAUUAUAUUUUUUUUUUAAUUUUUGUGAAUUAUCUUACUGUA